UGUAUCCGAGACGUUAUGUUAACUGCUGCAAAAUAUAUCCUGGCCUGCUCUUCUCCUAAAAUCCGCCGGGCUUUCUUCAGCGCCACCUUCGGCACAGAUGUAGAGCAGUGGUGUCGACUGAACCUGGACAAUCUCGUCUCUGUCAACAUUGGACCCAGGAACACAGCAGCUGAGACAGUGGAGCAAGAGUUGCUGUUUGUGGGUUCAGAGAGUGGAAAAGUGCUGGCUAUGAGAGACCUUAUAAAGAAGGGCUUUCUGCCACCUGUGCUGGUGUUUGUUCAGUCUAUCGAUCGAGCCCGAGAGCUCUUCCAUGAGCUGGUGUACGAGGGAAUAAACGUUGACGUGAUCCAUGCAGAACGCACCCAACAGCAGAGGGACAAUGUUGUUACCAGUUUCCGUUCGGGGAAGAUCUGGGUGUUGAUCUGCACUGCUCUUCUGGCUCGAGGAAUUGACUUCAAAGGCAUCAACCUCGUCAUCAACUACGACUUCCCAACUACUGCUGUCGAGUACAUCCAUCGGAUUGGGCGCACGGGAAGAGCAGGACACAAAGGAAAAGCAAUAACCUUCUUCACCGAGGACGACAAACCUCUCUUACGCAGCAUUGCCACAGUCAUAAAACAGGCCGGAUGUCCUGUGCCUGACUACAUGCUCGGCUUCAAGAAAAUCAAAAGGUGAAGCUUCUUUGUUACAUAACUUGUGCUUUUUAUAUCACAUUUCUUCAAGCACUUGUACUACUUUUCUUAACUUUGCAAAACAUGAAAGACUCACUCAGGUCAAAGUGAAGCG